GAUGAUCACAUGUUGGCGUUAAGUUAAAACUUGGUGUCUACCCACUUUCUUCUUGCUUGACUAAAUGGCUUCAUCGUUAUUCAGUGGUUUAACAAAAGUUGGUGUUGGGUUGUUAGCUGCUGGAAGCAUUUUGCCUCUUGUUCUAUAUAAUGUUGACGGUGGUCAUCGGGCCGUAAUUUUCGACCGCUUUAAGGGUGUAAGAACCGAUGUAAGAGGAGAAGGAACACAUUUUAUCAUACCGUGGGUCCAAAAACCAAUUAUUUUUGACAUCAGAUCACGACCAAGAAAUAUUCCUGUGAUGACCGGCUCAAAAGAUCUACAGACAGUAAACAUAACGUUGCGUAUAUUAUUCCGACCUGAACCAUCUCUUCUACCCAAAAUUUAUCAAAAUCUUGGUUUUGACUAUGAAGAACGUGUACUCCCCUCUAUUACUACUGAGGUACUGAAAGGUGUGGUCGCUGAAUUUGAUGCCAGUGAACUUAUCACUCAAAGAGAACUAGUUAGUCAAAGAGUGAAUGAAGACCUUACUGAACGAGCUUCUUCAUUUGGUAUAUUAUUGGAUGAUAUUGCUUUGACACAAAUCUCAUUUGGACGAGAGUUCUCUGAAGCAGUUGAAGCUAAACAAGUGGCGCAACAGGAGGCAGAACGUGCUCGUUAUCUGGUAGAAAAGGCUGAACAACACAAAUUAGCUGCCAUUAUAUCAGCAGAAGGUGAUUCCGAAGCGGCUAUACUAUUGGCCAAAUCUUUUGGAUCAUCAGGUGAAGGUCUGAUUGAACUGAGAAGAAUUGAAGCUGCUGAAGAUAUUGCCUAUCAGCUGUCAAAGAAUCGAAACAUCACUUACAUUCCUGAUGGUCAGAAUACCCUGUUAAAUCUCCCUGCUAUGCAGUAAACCGCAUAAACACACACUCACACAUUGUAAAUGUGAAGUAGUAGCAGUUAUUUUGAAUAAUGAUAAUAAUUGUACAAUAUUAUAUUAGGUGCAGCUUAAGUUUCCUGUUAAUUUAACAGUUUUUGUUUUUGCUAACGCACAAUUCCAUUUCACUCUUUCUUUUCUUAGCUUCUUUGUAUCAUAAGUCUCCAUUCGUAGUUAACGUCUUUUUCCUAUCGCCUUUCUGUCGUUGAAUAGUUUUAUUGUCAGCUUGAUUACACUAAUUUUGUAUAUCUAAAUGAGAAGAAGAAGAAAUGCAGUUACUGGUGGUGUUUUUA